UGACAUUGUGCCGCCCGGUAUACACUAUCCUGUCCGCACUCCGCACAAUCUAUCCAUUGCCACACCUCAUCUUCCACAGCUCGACCGCCAGCUUCUCCUCCCCUUCCUUCCCUCUCCCUCUCCCUCUCCGCCUUUUCUCCCCUCCUCCUCCUUCUCGGGACGCCGCAUCAACGGCGAGCUCCGCUCCUACUCUGACCGAAGCUCUAGUCCUUCCCUCACAGAUGGACGGCGGCGGCGCGGCGCGCGUUACUCGCACGCCCGAGGACGUCUUCCGGGACUUCAGAGGCCGCCGUGCCGGCAUGAUCAAGGCUCUCACCACUGAGGUCGAGAAGUUCUACCAGCAGUGCGAUCCAGAAAAAGAGAACUUGUCGCUUUAUGGAUUUCCUAAUGAGACAUGGAAAGUAAACUUGCCAGCUGAAGAAGUGCCACCAGAACUUCCUGAGCCAGCUUUAGGAAUCAAUUUUGCUAGGGAUGGAAUGGCUGAGAAAGAUUGGCUAGCACUAGUUGCAGUUCACAGUGAUUCAUGGUUACUUGCAGUUGCCUUCUAUUUUAGCUCACGCUUUGGAUUUGACAAAGAGUCAAGAAGGAGGCUUUUCAAUAUGAUGAACAACCACCCUACUAUAUAUGAAGUAGUAACCGGAACAGUCAAGAAGCAGUCAAAAGAGAAGAAUCCUAAUAGUAGUAGUAAGAGCAAUAAAUCAGGCUCCAAGAAGCGGUACAGUGAGGCAGAGUCUCGCAAGUCACCACCAUCAAUGCCUCCUUACAAAGAAGAAGAAGAAGAAGAUAACAUGGAGGGUCCUGAAGACUGCAAUGACGAGCAUGACAACACCCCAUGCGGUGCGUGCGGCGAAAGCUAUGGUAAGGACGAGUUCUGGAUAUGCUGCGACUUGUGUGAACAGUGGUUUCAUGGGAAGUGUGUCAGGAUCACACCUGCCCGCGCCGAGCACAUCAAGCAGUACAAAUGCCCAAGCUGCAGCAGCAAUAAGCGAGCUAAGGUAUGACGAAUAACGGGCAGUAAGUAUGAUAGGGCUACUCUUAACAACAGAGGAUCACUUUUGCAUGGCUUUCAGCUUGUAGACUAAACCCCUUCACGUUUGUUUUCAGCUUGAAGGCUAAACCAUUCAAGUUUGGCGCAUGUCUGUGUUAGGUUUGUCUUUUGUUUGGUAGAUAUCUCUAAUUUGGUUGUUAAGAGGAAAAAAUGUUAGGAUUGACGUUAAUGUGUAUGCUAAUCUGUGUCAUCAGUGUUUGAAAAUCUUGCUGCCUAUGAAUUGGUCGACCUUUUGAUUGUGGUA